CCUCUCUGCUCCUCACAUCAGCACCGCUCUGCAUCCUGCUGAGGUCUGUCACGGUCCAAACCGACCGGAGGGUGGCGGGGGGGAGGACGCCAUCUUGUUUGUUUUAGGAGGAGGAGGAGGAGGGGGUGGAAAAACAGCCACCAUCAGCAGCGACACCACGGCCGGCAAUACGAGAAAAGCACGAAGCGGCUAACCGGUCGCCUGAGGCUUCCCCUUUCCCCUUUCCCCUGUGGUGAGAAGGCACUGAAGCAAUGUUUUAUGCCCACUUUGUCCUCAGUAAACGUGGGCCGCUGGCCAAAAUCUGGUUGGCGGCCCACUGGGAUAAGAAGCUAACCAAGGCACACGUGUUUGAGUGCAAUCUGGAAAGCAGCGUCGAGAGCAUCAUCUCCCCCAAGGUGAAAAUGGCUUUACGAACGUCAGGGCAUCUGCUGCUGGGGGUGGUGAGGAUCUACCACAGGAAGGCCAAGUACCUGCUGGCUGAUUGUAACGAGGCCUUCAUCAAGAUCAAGAUGGCAUUUAGACCAGGUGUGGUGGAUCUUCCGGAGGAGAACAGGGAAGCAGCCUACAAUGCUAUCACGCUGCCUGAAGAGUUCCAUGAUUUUGAUCAGCCACUACCAGACCUGGAUGACAUUGACGUGGCUCAGCAGUUCAACUUGAACCAGAGCAGAGUGGAGGAGAUCACCAUGAGAGAGGAGGUGGGAAACCUCAACCUGCUGCAGGACAAUGACUUUGCUGACUUUGGCAUGGACGACCGGGAGAUGAUGCGGGAGGAGAGUGCGUUUGAGGUGGACAUCAUGGGAGCGUCGGCUUCCAACCUGCUGCUGGAGGCCGAGGGUGGGACCAACCAGAUGGCGGACAAGUCCAACCAUCUGGAGUACGACGACCAGUACAAGGACGACUUUGGAGACAACCCCAUGGAGAGCAAUGAGGGAGGCAUGCUGGUGGACAAGCUACUGAGUAACGAGGAUGGAGGCGGCAUCUUUGACGACCCUCCCGCCAUCACAGAGAGUGUGAUGAUGCCUCAGGACCACGGAGACGAUGACGACGACUUUGACGCUCUCUCAGCGGGAGCCCCAGACAGUCCAGAUUCAGGCCCAACAGAGCCCCUGCCAGCCAUGGCAGACCAAACAGAACAGACCACCCUGGUUCACAAUGAAGAAGAAACCUUCGCCUUGGAGCCUAUUGACAUCACAGUGAAGGAAACCAAGGCGAAGCGUAAGAGGAAGCUGAUUGUGGACAGCGUGAAGGAGCUGGACAGUAAAACCAUCCGGGCACAGCUGUCCGAUUACUCUGACAUUGUUACCACACUGGACCUCGCACCUCCCACCAAGAAGCUGAUGAUGUGGAAGGAGACCGGAGGAGUCGAGAAGCUUUUCUCUCUCCCUGCUCAGCCUCUCUGGAACGCGAGGCUGCUUAAGAUGUUUACAAGGUGUCUGACACCACUGGUACCAGACGAGCUGAGGAAGAGGAGGAAAGGUGGAGAGGCUGACAGUCUGGAUGAAUUCCUCAAGGACCUGGAGAACCCGGAGGUGCCCAGAGAGGAAACAGCAGGACACCAGCAAAGAGACAUCAUGGACCAGACCAUCAUGGAAGAGGCCAGUGUUCUGCAGACAUCAGCUGUGGAAGGCAGCAGGACGACACUGGACGAGUCGGUCAUGCCUCCUCCGUCCUCCCAACGAGGCCUCAAACGCAAAGCCCAGGACACAGAGCCUGCCCUGCCUAUGGGAGCUCGGGACCAGCAGCAACUGCCACAGCAGCCACAGGGUUCCAGAGACUCUGAUGCGUCCCAGCAGCUGGAGCCUUCCAACAUGGAUCUUCCCCCAGAGGAAACCACCAACAUCAGCCAGCUGAUAGAGUUGGACCUGCUUGGCGACAAGGACAAGAAGAAGAACGAUGAUGAUUCCGAUGAAGAGGAGGAGGAGGUGCAGGGAGGAGACCAGGACCAGGAGGAGAGGAGGUGGAACAAAAGAACCCAGCAGAUGCUCCAUGGCCUCCAGAGGGUGAUGACCAAAACGGGCGCCCAGUCGGUCAGCCUGCUGGAUCUGUGUAAGAACAACAAUAAGAAGCAGGCAGCCGCAAAGUUUUACAGUUUCCUGGUUCUGAAGAAGCAGCAGGCGGUGGAGCUCGUCCAGGAGGAGCCAUACAGCGACAUCAUAGCAACACCUGGACCUCGCUUCCACGUCAUCUAGAAAACACAACUUUACAGUCCGAAAAAGAAGAAACAACUCUACAGCUCUGUUCUAUCUGGAACACAACAGUGUCCGUCUGAUGAUUUGACAAUUUAUUUAUUUGAGUGUGUUGACUUUGUGUAUGAUGUGGAGUUUUAUCCUCCGUCUGCGAUAUCUUCGUGUGAAGACGUAGUGGGAGGGAAGAGUUCUGAGUAACAUGGUUGAAUUACAAGAGGUUUCUACCUUGAACAGUUCUACAUAGCCAAGAGGACUGCAAAGACUCACUUAAUAACAAAGUAUUACAUAAACUAAAUAAAGCGAGUUUCUAUUUACUCAGCUUGGAUUUUUUCUGCACAGAUAACUGUCAGUAACUUUGACAAGCACUACAGUUCCUCAAAAAGCUGUUGUGUUGCACUGGCACCAAAGGUAAAAGGUGUCUAUUUUAAGCUAAGUUAGAUAACUGUGUGUUUACGCAGUGGUAACCCAGUCAGCCAUGUUACUCUGGGACCCAUCUGUUUCAUUACUGCUAGAAAAGGAGCAUGCACUAUAUCCAGCCUCUGCAAGAGCACGUCUAAACGGUUACCACGGUAAUGAUUUACAGACUCAACCAGCAUUUAGUCAUCAUACACUAUGGUGUGACAUUUUAAGCGUUACAAACUCCAAACGUUGCAAACGUUUGCCUGCGUCAUUAACUGUUUGUACUUAAAAAGAGUCAGAAAAACUAUAGUUGAGUCCCAAAUCCAUGCUGUAUAUUAAUUCUAAGCAGGAUUUGCCAUGUGCUCAAACUGGGAAUGUGACAAAGUAUGCACAAAACAGUAUGCUUAUUGAAAAUACUUGUUGUUAAUAUACACUUGCUCCUACAGUGCAAUACAAAGGAGAUAGGAAAGACUCUCAUAGCUGGAAAACUGGGAACAC